AUGUUGAAGGCCGGUCUGUUACCUUCACCAACAAUUACUCCUUUGACUAACUCAGUAUCAUCAAAAAAUAAAAUUGAUUCUCAAACGUUUAUUGAAUUAAGAUCUGAAGUGCCAAACGUUCGAAUUUUUUUUACUGUCGAUGGAACGAAGCCGGAUCCAUUUCAAACAUUCAAAACCGGAAGAAUCUCAACAUUUGUUUACAAGGGUGCAUUUCGACUAGGGCCUGGUAGAAGAGUUGUGAAAGUCGUUGCUGUAUCAACUGAUGGUUUGCGUGAAAGUAACGUGACAACAAAAUAUGUAGAUGUGAACGAUAUGUAUUCUGAAAAUAAUUAUGAUUUUGAACCGGAUGAAUUCGAAGAAAAUGGAAAUGAUUCAUUUGAUAAUCAAAAGUCCUACAUGGAUAGAAGUCCAGAGCGUACAUCACCAUCCCCCCAGAGAAAAAAAUCCGGACAGAAUCAACGACGAACAAAUUCAGAUUCGAAACGGAAAAACAAUCUUGUAUCCAUGUCACAUUCCGAUGUUGGCGAUGGAAGAAAUGAACCAAAUAAUCAUAUUAGAACAGCAUGGGAUGAUGCUUUCAAUGUACAAGGAUCGGUUGAAGGUCCUAUUUCACCUGUGAAUUAUGCGGGAACUCAAGUCAACAUUUGGGGAAUACCGCCUGGUGGCCAGUUUAGUGAUGAACUUUUGCAUAUGGCAGAUCCAUCUCGCAAUUCGCAAUACGGCUAUAUGACGGAAAAAAUGCUCGAGCGUUUACAACAACCACAAUACCUUCCAAUUACUGCGCAACCCCCACCACCUAAGAUAACUGACGUUACUCAAGAUGAAUCAGAGCGUGACAAUUUUUGGGAUAGAAAACCCAAACCAUUUAGUAUGGGUGAUGGUAACUGGAAAAAAACUCUUGAGCAUAUUUUUCUUAAUAUUUAUAAUUAUGUGAAAGAUGAACAAGAAUUACGUGAAUUAUUUGGAUGGAAAAAAUUCGGACGAAUUGAGUCAGCUCGUCUUAUUGACAAAGGGAAUACGUAUCAAAUGAUGAUGAAUUUUAAGAAACCACUUGGAGAAUCUACACAACAGCCAACAUCGCAGUCACAAAAUAGAAAACCAUCGACACGUCGACCGAUUAAAAGAGUACGAACACCUCUCGAAGAAGAAAAACCAAUUAGACAACCAGAACGACGACCUCAACCUAUCACACCACCACAAACACCUCCACGUUUUCAAUCACCUCCACGUUCUCAAUCACCUCCUGUCGAACAACAUAAUGAUUCAAUGCGUGAUGAUCAUCAACCAAGAAUAUACACUGAAGAAACGGUACAACAAGGUACUCUUGUUCCAUUUCAAAAUUUCAAUGCAGAACAAGAUUGUGAAGCAUUACGAAAAGCAAUGAAAGGUCUUGGGACAAACGAGAGUAUGUUAAUACAUAUUCUCGGAAAUCGAAGUGUGGAGCAAAGAUUAAAAAUUAAAGAUACUUAUAAGACAAUGUUUGGCAGAGAUUUAAUAGAAGAUCUCGAAAGUGAAACAAGUGGAAAUUUUCGAAAAGUAUUAAAACGACUAUUAUUAUCGCCUGUCGAAUUUGAUUGUCAUGAACUUCGUCGAGCCGUGAAAGGUGCUGGCACAGAUGAGGAGGCAUUAAUUGAAAUUCUCACAAGUCGUUCUAAUAAAAGAAUUCAGAGUAUUGCUGAUAUGUAUCCAAAAUUAUAUGGUCGAUCAUUAGAAAAAGAUAUAGUUGGAGAUACUUCAGGACAGUUUAAGAAGAUUUUAGUUGCGUUAUUACAAGGUAGUCGCCCUGAUUCGAAUGAAAUUAAUGAAGAUGAUGUACAAAACGAUGCUCGAAGUCUAUAUGAAGCAGGAGAAAAAAAAUGGGGCACUGAUGAGUCGACGUUUAUUCAAAUUUUAUGUAAUCGAAGUGAUGUGCAAUUACGAGCAGUAUUUGACGCUUACAGUCAAUUUAGUAAGAAAGAUAUUGAAGCAGCAAUUAAAUCAGAAACAAGUGGUAGUUUAUGCAAAAGUUUGCUGGCAAUAGUACGAGUUAUGCGUAAUCGUCCUGGCUAUUUUGCAUAUCAAUUAAAAAAAGCUCUCAAAGGAGUAGGUACAGAUGAAGAAGAUCUUAAUCGAAUUAUUAUAUCUCGCUGUGAAGUUGACAUGGUACAGAUAAAAGAAGAAUAUAGCAACAUUGGAAAACGAACGCUCGAAAAUCAUAUCCAAAGUGAUACGUCUGGAGAUUAUCGAAAAUUAUUACUCGAACUUUUAAAAGAUCCUAGUCAACGAACAGCGAAUAUAGGCGAUGCCGGUAAAAACGAAAAUUUAGAGCUACCGGGAUACGAACAACCACUUAUUUAUAAAGAAGAAAUUAUUCAACAAGGAACAAUGGUUCCUGCUCCAAAUUUUGAUGCAAAUCGAGACGCAGAAGCUUUACGUAAAGCAAUGAAAGGUCUAGGAACGGAUGAAAAAUCAAUAAUAAAUAUACUAGGAAAUCGAGUAACAGCACAACGUGUACAAAUAAAAGAUGCAUUCAAAAGUAAAUUUGGACGAGAUUUAACCAAAGAUUUAAUUAGUGAAACGUCUGGAAACUUUAAAAAAUUGCUUGAACGAUUAACAAUGGAUGCCGUUGAACUUGACUGUUUUGAAUUAAAACAAGCAGUUAAGGGAGCUGGAACAGAUGAGGAAACGUUGAUAGAAAUAUUAGCAAGUCGUUCAAAUGAACGAAUAAAAGCUAUCAACAAUUUAUAUACUAAAAGAUCAAAUCUAUUUCAGUCUGUCAUUGUACUUGUUUUUUUCAUAGUGUAUGGUAAAUCACUGGAGAAAGACGUUUCAUCAGAUACAUCGGGAAACUUUCGACGUUUAUUAGUAUCAUUGAUGCAAGCAAAUCGACCAGAAACGACUGAUGUUAAUAUUGAACAAGCGAAACAAGAUGCACAGGCACUUGUCGAUGCUGGUGAACAAAAAUUUGGAACAGAUGAAUCUCGUUUCAAUGUACUGUUUUGUAAUAGAAGUGAUUCCCAAUUCCGAGCAAUCAUUAAUGAAUUCACAAAAUUAACUGGAAAAACGAUUGAAGAGUCUGUUAAAUCGGAAACAUCGGGAGAUUUAUCAAAAGGACUUCUUGCGAUUAUUCGCUGUAUACGUUCUCGUCCUCACUUUUUCGCUGAACAGAUUCGAAAAGCGAUGAAGGGAUUGGGAACCAAAGAAAGUGUACUGAAUAGGAUAAUAAUAACACGCUCUGAAAUUGAUCUAGUACAAAUCAAGGCGGCAUUUAAUCGGCUGUUCAGUAGAGAACUGGAACGAGAUGUGAGUGCCGAAACGUCAGGAGAUUACAAAACAUUAUUACUGGAAAUACUGAAAGACCCAGGUAUCAUAUAUGCGACUUUUGUUUUACUCGUCUUGUUUGUGUUUGGGACGUAUCAGGCUUCAUUAGACUUCAAACGUAAUGUGAAUGAUGAUCGUGUUCCUACGGCUCGAAUUGAACCCGUAACCAUGACUGCUUUAGCCAGUAUAUUGGCCCCAAUUGCACUUAACUUUUUCACCGGAGUACUGGGUAGUCUCUUCAAUAAACCAAAUGAUGUCGAAGAACGUGUAGUUUAUGGUCGACCGAUGCAAGUAAAAUUGUGUGGCGCCGAAAAUUGUCUGCAACUAUUAGAUCGUGAUUCUGGAUAUACUACAGUUGGAAAAGGUGAUAAUAUGCAACAUGCACUGGGAGAUGCAAUGCAAGCAAUGUUCAAUUACCUAUUACAACGAAAUCUUCUUAGCUUACAUGAUCUAUGCCGAGAACAUAUCCAUUUUCCUCAUCCAGAUCAAGAGAACUGUCCUGGUGUUGAAGUUAAUACAUGUGAAUUAAGCAAACCUAUAAUUGCCGAGCAAUCUUAUUUGCUAGCGCCUUGUAUGGAUCAACAUGGCGCAAAAUAUUGUAAACAAAUGCAAUCGCAUUGUACCGACUCAAUGUAUUCAACAUUUAUGCUAGAUAAUUGUUAUAAAACAUGCACAAAUAACUGUUACAAACCACCACCUCUUCCAUGCGCUGUGAGCUAUAAACGUUAA